AUGGAUUGGGAUUUGAAAUACGGCGAAUUAUCAACGAAUCAAAACUUCGUUAACAAUUGCGAGACUCUCAAGGAGAAUUUAAUGGAAGUACAACAGGUAUUGGACCAAUUGUUACCGCUUAAAGAGCAAUACGAUAAUUUAAUAUUGCCAGCACAAAUUGAACUCGAUUUGUUCUUAGCAUUCACUUUAAAUUCAUUGCACUGGAUCCAUUUGAGGAUACAGGGCGUGGACCCAACAAGUCAUCCCAUUAAAGAUGAACUGCAGCGAAUAAAAGCUGCGAUGUUAAAAUGGCAGGAAGUUAAAGACCGAGAAAAAAGGCCAUCGGUUGACAUAGAAGCAGCUAAGCGGUUCAUCAAGAGCGGGCUCUAUGAUCCAUAUAAAGGCACAGCUAAGGGACCCCCAAAUAAGAAGACCAAGUUUGAGGAUAAAGACGAAUAA